AUGCCUGUUUACCUCGUCGCAGAUGAACUAGCCCCGGUUUCUACGGGCGUACGAAUUCCUCCUAGCGAUGAGCUCCACAGAGGUAGAAGACGAGGGGGUGGAAUCAAAGCCCGAUUCACCAACCUUGCAACGUUUGAAGACGAGGUUUCUGCCACCGCAGAGCCGCAGACUUGCCCAACAACUCACAAGUCAUCCACGACUUUUCGAACCAUUUUCGCUGCAUCAUUCCCUUUUUCGAAUCGGCAGCUGGGCACUGACCGUCGCCUGAUUGUGAACCGGGAGCGUCAACUCAUGAUGUACUGA